AUGCAGAAGUCUGAAGAGGAGCAGCUUUUGCAAGAUGCAUCAACCUUAUUGAUGUUUGCAAAUGUAGCUGCCAAACAACAACAACGACCCCCGCCGGUUCCUACUACGCCACAACAACCGCAACCCGUACUUGUUCAGUCAGUGCCACCCAUAUCACAUUUUCAGACUGCGCAGUCGGAACCACGACUACCUGAAGUUAAACAGGAAAACUUGCCACCAAUAAAAACAUACUAUUUUCCACAGCCGCUGCAUCUACCAAGAGAACAGCCGACUACAAGUCACCCAGUACAACAGGCAUCAGUACAUCCAACACACCAGGCUCCACAACUUCCACAUACUUCACUCUCCCAGUCACCGCCAGUUUCUGGUCUGUUUAUGUCCCCUGUUGGAUCAGUAGGUUCCAUGGGGUCUUCAAGUUCCUUAGGAGUACCACAUUCAAUAGUACCAGGAAUCAACAGUGGAGCUCCGCAGAAUCCAAGUGCUCCUAUUGUGAUUAAUAGCAGUGCCCCACCAACCAGUGGCUCACCAAAUCCACCACCUAAUAUCCCUAGCACUGUACCUUCUAUGUCUUCUACCUUCAUUCAUAAAAGAACCGGCUCCGGUCAGUUCAGACAUUCACCAGGUCCAGCAAAUGCAGCUUUGGCAGGCGGAGUAACUGAAGGAGGUAAGCGGAACAACAAUAAUGCCAUGGUUGCAGCUGCUGCAUUAGCCGCAGCUGCAGAUAUGCCAUUACCAUUGUUAAAAAAGGAAGAAGUACAAGUAAACCCACAAAGUGGACCUACUACAACUACCCCUUCUCACAAGGUACCCCCUCCAACUGCCAGCGCUUCCAAUGAAACUGAAGAUGAAGAUAAUACUGAUGACGAACCUGAAAAGAGUGACCCAACCCCGGUGGUUAUUGAGAGUCGUAUUACUCCAACAGAAUCACUAGGUGAGCUGUUAAUUGAAGAGCCAAAAGAAGUUCCCAAAUCAAAAUCAAGGUCUAAAUCGCCUGGAACAAUUAAGUCAGGUACCCCUGAGCCAGAAACCAAACUUCAACAAAAAUCAAAACUGCAGUCCCCUCCACGCCAAGAACAAGAAGUAAAUGAAAAGGAAGAAAAAGAAGAGACACCAUCAGUGGUAGUAAAGAAACUCUCACCUUCGCCAAGCUUAAAUGAAAACCCACCUUCGACUUCAACUCUUUCUUCAGUUGCAGUGCCACCACUUGCGUCAUAUCAAGUUGAUCCAGAUUCUGGAUUAAUUGGAUGUAUCUGUCAAAUAGAUGAUGAUGAUGGGUUUACUGUCCAAUGUGAUAUCUGUUACCGUUGGCAACAUUGUCUUUGUAUGAAUUUCAAAACUAAUGAAGAAAUUCCUGAUGAAUACAAAUGUUAUUACUGUGAUGAAGAUAAAUGGGGUAAGUUCGAUCCUUUACAAUGUAAAAAGAAUACGUUGGAACGGUUAGAUUCGGAUAAGGUAACGGGAGAAGUUGAAUCGUCCCCACCAAUCCCGAAAAAGGAACUUAAACGGAAACAUCUGGGAACAGGAACUAGUGGCUCGAGUAUAGGAGCGGGAGAUGGUGUGAAAAAGAGAAAGUCGCUGGACUCUAAAGGUAAAAGGAAAGAUGAUGAAGGAUCUAUUGUCACCGCCAGUUCCAGUAGUAAUAAAUCAAAUAGUGCGGUAUCCAACGACCACCAUCAUGCCAAGAAUGAUCUCCCACCACUUCCCAACAAGGAUAAUGAUCUCCUUGAUGGAGGGAUAUCUGCAGAGAUAUAUCAAGGAACUUAUUACAAAUUGUAUGAUAAUGAUUAUAAGACACAAGCGGUCAAACUGUAUUUUGAAGACCUUGGUAAGAAAUUCAAAGAUUUCCCACCGACAGUUCAAUAUAUGACCAAGAGUGAAUAUAAGAAUCUUAGACUUAGUAAGAUUAUUUUACCUAAAUGGGAUAGUUUGAAUGCAAAGAAAAGAAAGACAAAUACAGGAGAUACUACAGUGGAAGUGAAGUCGUAUUCUGAUAAUCAGAAACAAAAGUUCAAUGGCAUAUCUAAAUUGGGAUUAUUUAUUGGGUCUUCCGAAGUUAAUAAAGUUAUCCCAAGUGAAACUCCAGUCAUUGAAUAUUUAGGUGAGAUUGGAUUAUAUUCUCAAUAUAAGGAGGAUACCACCAAUCAAUACAAUAUUUGGGGAACUGUUAAACCUCGGGUGGUUAGGAGUGAAAUUCCACUUGUUGAGGAAAGUGUUAAACUUGUGUCGGAUGCCAGAUUUGUAGGCAAUGAAGCUAGGUUCAUCAGAAAGGCAUGUCCACUGGCGGCCAAUUGUCGAAUUCAACCAAUAUUUAUUAAAGAGCUCCAAGCAUUUAAGUUUUUCAUCAUCACCACGAAAGAUAUUCAUUUAUCUUCGGAAUUCCCUGAAGAAGAACUCCGGUUAGAAUGGCAAUGGGAUCUGAAACAUCCAAUAAAUAAGAUGUAUGACCAUGUUGAUGAAGAAACGCAUGAACAAGUGGAAGGGAUCAAAUUUGAUCAAUUUUCUGAACUGGAAAAGAGUAUAUUAAUUUCAAGUGUGGAUAACGUAUUGAAUUUUGUUGAAUGUGCAUGUACCACUGCAAAUCUGAAUUUAUUACCAGGAUAUCAAGCGAAUUGUGCCCUUUUCAAGAUUAAAAAAGCUACUGCCUACCUUUUGAGAUCUACCAGAAAGGCUCUACUGGUAAGUAGUCUUAACCUUUCGAAAUCUAGGGACGUUUUAAUCAUGAAUAAAAAGCCAAAGAAGUAUAUCUCAUGGCAAGAAAGACUGGAAGAACGGGAUCGUUUGAUAGCCCUGGACUUACUUUUCGCUGGUGGAAAAGGUUUGGAUGGUGAUCAGAACAAGGAGGAGAUAGAAGCAAUGGAAAUCGAUAAAGAUGAUAUUGCAGAUGAAGUCGAACCAACUUCUGAAAAUGAAAAGCCAAUAAUUUCAAGACCAAUUCCAUAUCGAGAUACCCUUAUCGCCAAGAGUAGAGCACUUAAUGAUAUUACAGUCAAAAUUGAUACUGAGAAAUGUGAUAAUCGUUCACUUUUCGUACCACUCGUUCCAGAAUUAGUGAUCAAAAUUCAAGGAGCAGUAAGUGAAAAGAUUGAAGUUCCUAAGGUUGCAGCUAUAGCAUUUGAGCCAAAGAAAGAACCUGAACCUGAACCUGAAAAGGUUGCAGUGGUCGCUGAAACAGUUCCUGAGGUGGAGAUUAAACCUCAAGUAGUUAAGAAACUUUCGUUUGCAGACUACAAAAAGAAGAUGAAAUGA